AUGGCUCCUCAGACCAGACUCCGCAACAAUAUGUUUAAAUGGCUUGAAACUGAGGGUGCGGCGUACAGAACUCACACUCCAGGGACAACCAAUUACUUAAGGAGCGUGCAAAGUGCAAAUAGGGAUGGGCCGAACAGGAAGCCAUUCCCAGGAAACCCAGCAUUUAUCAGUGAGAGCAUCCUGAGCGAGGAGCUGCGGAACGAAAUCUACGACCAGGUUGUGAAUAAGAAGAACAGUGUACGAGCCGGUAAAACAAUGGCCUUACCAUAUGCUCGUGCGGUGCACGAAAUGGUGCCUUGCACGCCACUGUUUUCUAAUCCCCACGAUCGUCGCCCCCACGAGUCGAUCAACGACCUCCCUGUCCACCCUACCACCUCUCCUCAAAUUUUCUACCCCGUUUCUGAAUCCCGACGAUUCACUCGUAGUGAUGCCGGUCGUGUCUUCUCCGCUGCACCGGCGCUACCACAUUACCGAGUCGCCAAGGAGGAGUCUGACCCCGACGCUACAGUGAGCUUUGUGACGCAGCACCCUCACCGGAUCGAGCAGGUCGGCAAGGGUGCCAACAAACAAGGAGUCCUUCAGCCGGCUGAUGCUCGGAUUCCGCACCCGCAUCUCAUCGCGCAUGAACGCCGUCGCAUCACGCACCCGGAAGAGUCUCGGGAGAACAAUCGUCUGUAUCAACAGCGCCUCCGGGAGGCAGAAAAGGCCCGGAAAGCCAUCAAGGACAAAGAAGUAGCUCGCAAAGAAGCAGAACUCCUCAAGGUGCAGCCCGAGUCGUCACGCUUCGACUUCCAUUUCAAGGACGUGGUCGUCAGUAAGGAGACCACUGGUCCUGACGGUCGUGGCCACGCCGCCCCCGGUCGCAGAUAUGGUAUUCCCAGCUACGAUCGGAAGAGGGGCCAAGUCAAGAUUCCCACAAGUGUUCAGGUCUAG